GCCGUGCCUGGGGCCGGAACCGGGGCCGGGGGCAGGCGGCGGGCCGGGGCCGAGGGCCCUGAUGCGGCUGCGGGCGCUCCGCCGCCGGAGAGGCGCCGGGCUCCAUGCACCCCAGAAUGAAUGAAAUGAACCUGAGUCCUGUAGGGAUGGACCAGCUGACCUCAUCCUCUGUGAGCAAUGCCCUGCCGGUCUCGGGGAGUCACUUGGGGUUGGCGGCGUCCCCCACUCACAAUGCCAUACCAGCACCAGGCUUGCCUGUUGCAAUUCCAAACUUGGGCCCCUCCUUGAGUUCCUUGCCCUCUGCUCUAUCUCUGAUGCUCCCAAUGGGUAUUGGGGAUCGAGGAGUGAUGUGUGGUAUACCAGAGAGAAACUACACCCUACCUCCGCCACCAUACCCUCACCUGGAGAGCAGCUAUUUCAGACACAUUCUACCUGGUAUCUUAUCUUACUUGGCGGACAGACCACCACCUCAGUACAUCCAUCCCAACACUAUAAAUGUUGACAGCAAUCCAGCAUUGUCAGUCUCCAACAAUCCAUCGGCUCUGGAUCCCUACCAGCCCAGUGGAACCGUGGGGCUGGAACCAGGGAUUGUCUCCAUGGACUCCCGCACAGUGAACACACAUGGUCCUCAAAAUCUGCAUCCUAGUGACAGCCAUGAGGUAGCACUGGAUACUACAAUCACCAUGGAGAGCGUUUCGAGGGUAACCAGCCCUAUCUCCACAGAUGGGAUGACAGAGGAGCUCACGAUGGAUGAUGUAGCCGGGGAUCAUUCACAGAUCCCAAAUGGCUCCCGGAGCCAUGAACCUUUAUCCGUAGACACAGUGGGGAGUAACUUGACAUCGGACGCUGUGGGACACGGCGGUGUCAUUCCCAUUCACGGUAGCACUUUGGAACUCCCUGUCGUCAUGGAGCCCGACCACAUUGGCGGGCGAGUGACAGGGAUAUCGGACAGCACACUAAAUGACUCCAUUCAUACUGUGGCCAUGAGCACCAACUCCGUGAGUGUGGCGCUCUCUACCUCACACAACCUCGCUUCCCUGGACUCAGUAGCCUUGCAUGAAGUGGGCCUCAGCCUUGAGCCAGUGGCGGUGUCUUCCAUCAAUCAGGAAGUAGCCAUGGGGCCAAGUCAUGUGGAUGUGUCUGCAGACAAUCUUGCCUUUGUACCACCCUCUCUGCAAAUGGAAGACUCCAAUUCGAACAAGGAGAAUAUGGCAACCUUGUUUACCAUAUGGUGCACACUGUGUGACAAGGCGUAUCCGUCGGACUGCCCAGACCACGGGCCCGUCACCUUUGUCCCUGACACCCCGAUAGAGAGCCGAGCCCGGCUUUCCCUCCCUAAGCAGCUCGUCCUCCGGCAGUCUAUCAUGGGAGCUGAGGCGGGUGUGUGGACACGAGAAACCAUUCCUGUGCGGACUUGUUUUGGACCUUUGAUUGGACAGCAGAGCCAUUCUCUGGAGGUGGCCGACUGGACAGACAAAGCAGCCAGUCACAUCUGGAAGAUCUAUCACAGUGGUGUCCUGGAGUUCUGCCUCAUUACAACUGAUGAAAAUGAAUGUAACUGGAUGAUGUUUGUACGCAAAGCCAGGAACCGGGAAGAGCAGAAUCUGGUAGCUUAUCCUCACGAUGGAAAAAUUUACUUCUGCACCUCUCGGGACAUCCCACCUGAACAUGAGCUUCUCUUUUAUUACAGUCGGGACUAUGCACGACAGCUUGGUGUCCCUGAACAUCCAGACGUGCACAUCUGCCACUGUGGAAAGGAAUGCGCUUCCUAUGUGGACUUCAAGGCCCAUUUGAGCAGCCAUAUUCACAACCACCUCCCCAGUCAGGGGCACAGCAGCAACCAUGGGCCAGGCCAUGGAAAGGAAAGGAAGUGGAAGUGCUCCAUGUGCCCCCAGGCUUUCAUCUCCCCUUCCAAGCUCCAUGUCCACUUCAUGGGGCACAUGGGCAUGAAGCCGCACAAGUGCGAUUUCUGUAGCAAAGCUUUCAGUGAUCCCAGCAACUUACGGACACACCUCAAGAUACACACAGGUCAGAAGAACUACCGCUGUACCCUCUGUGACAAGUCGUUCACCCAGAAGGCCCACCUGGAAUCGCACAUGGUCAUCCACACCGGGGAGAAGAACCUCAAGUGCGAUUACUGCGAGAAGCUGUUCAUGCGGAGGCAGGACCUCAAGCAGCACGUACUCACUCACACGCAAGAACGGCAGAUCAAGUGCCCCAAGUGUGACAAGCUGUUUCUGAGGACAAAUCACCUGAAGAAGCAUCUCAAUUCACAUGAAGGAAAGAGGGACUAUGUCUGUGAAAAAUGUUCCAAGGCUUAUUUAACCAAAUAUCACCUCACUCGCCACCUAAAAAUAUGUAAAGGCCCCACAUCCAGCUUGUCAGCCCCAGACGAAGAAGAGGAGGAGGAUUCAGAGGAAGAAUUAAUAGACUCUAUGAGGACUGAAGACUGUAGGAUGAACAAUGGAGUCUAUUCAACAGGUGAUGCCCUCUCUGGACACAAAUGAAGAAGAGAGGGACAUUUUCUUGGAUAAGUAGGGAAGGAAAAAACCCUCUUCCUUGUUUCCCCAGUCAACAAUGUAUGUCAGGUGAGGAGUUUUCCUUCUGUUUUGGUCUCCACACUACCACCACUUAAUAUACUCUGUAGCCAAAACACUGACUGAGACUGGAUCAUGCCUGCACAAGUGAAGAGUUGCUAAGAAGGAAAUGUGAGGCAAGGAGAUUUUUUCACACACGCUGUGCAUACUUCUUUUCCAAAUCACUCAGAUUAAUCCAUCCAGUGUUGGGACACGUCACACCUUGCAUAGCCCUUUAAGCAAAAAGCCACAAACCAGAAAUGUAGUUGAGUGAUUGCAGUGAACUGUAAGCCAACUGUCCUUAACUGCCCAAGCCAUGACAUGAAGAGAAACAAACAAAAAAUGUAUUUUGUUUUUUUAAAACUUCUUAACUGGAGUAUGUGAUUUGGCACAAAGCAAAGGCUUAACAAUGCUCAGGUUUCCUUCUUAAAACAAAACACUUCGGUUUAAAAAUAAAAAGAAAGGCCAGUGAAAUCAGCCCUUGCAAACAAUGCCAUUACCCCACUACAGAGAAUCAAAGAUUGGCUUUUGGAUAACAGUUAUUGCCUCCUCUCCCUCGAGUUCACUAGAAAGUGUAAGCAGGUGAAGAGAUAAAGACUGUAUAGACUCAGUAAGGACGAGGCUUACAGAUGAUCAGGCAGUGUUUACAGUAUAUAUUACUCCUUGUGCUGUAAACCUUUUACCACCUAGAAUGAUGGGAGGGUUUGCUGCUAAUAUUAUUUAUGGAAUGAAGAUUAUUACAUUUGGUUGUUUUCUUUUGAAAUAAUUAAAAAUGUGGCUCUUCUCAAAUGUUCUUUUUUUAAUAUUUACAUAUUCUGAAAAAAAAGUUCCUAUUUCUAUAAAUAUGCUAAGAGAAAUAACAACACUUUUUAAUCA